AUCAGGUUAUUCACCAGGGGUCCAGGUUGCUAUGGAAACCCCAAACUCGGACUACAUUUGCAAAAAUUUCUGUCCUCGCAAUCAAGUCCCCUGAUGCAUCGAUUCAACACUCUGUAGGUGUGUGUUCCCGCGUCAAAGGAGGACCCGUUGCGGCAAAUCUCCCAUCAACAAGAAGAAAUCAUGGGUCCGGAACCUUGCUCGGCCCCCUCCUGCACCAAGCCCGGCGCGCGGGCCUGCACCGGAUGCACGACUCCUCCUCCGGCCCGAUACUGCAGCCAGGAGUGCCAGAAGCGAGACUGGAAGACCCACACAUCGGUCUGUGGGGGCCGAAGGUACAACGGCUUCAUGAUCACGAACACCCCAUUCGAGCAAACGACGUCGUCGCCGCGAAUAAUAUCGGAUUACCUCACUCCCUUCUACUUUCAGCGAUAUGGCCACGAGGGCGAGGAACGUAGAGAGUUGGAACAAAGACUAGGAUGGCGGGAAGUAGCAGAGGUUGGGAAGUUCUACGACCAUGAAGGCUCCGACACUUGGUAUUAUUAUGUUUAUGGGCCUGGCGGCGAACACGAUCCCCCUUUGGGCCGGAACGAGAUCGCAACCUUGUGCAUAGGGGUGCAAACCUUCGGCGAUGUCGUGGUGGUCCGAUCUGGGCCGCUAGGCUCAUCCUAUCCGCCGUUGUUCUCGAAAGGAGAAUUGGUGAAGACGGUCGAGUUUUCCCAGACUGCAAACCCACGCGAGGUGUUUCAAGCAAGGGAAUGUUCGAGGUUCAUGAGGUCGCUGCCUAUCGGGAUUGCAAUCCCGCCCGGAGCGUUUUUCGCCUCCCUGUAUUAA